CGUAUACAUACAGGGGAGAAGCCAUACUCCUGCUCUGACUGUGUAAAAUAUUUCAAAACAUCAACUCAGCUAAAAGUUCAUCAGAGAACACACACAGGAGAGAAGCCUUAUUCUUGCCCUGACUGUGGAACUAGGUUCUCUAAACUUUCCAACUUAAAAUCACAUGAACUUCAUCAGAGAACACACACAGGAGAGAAGCCUUACUCCUGCUCUGACUGUGGAAAAUGCUUCACAACGUCAACUGAUCUAAAAGUUCACCAGAGAACACACACAGGAGAGAAGCCUUAUUCCUGCCCUGACUGUGGAACUAGUUUCUCUCAACUUUCCUACUUAAAAUCACAUGAACGUAUACAUACAGGGGAGAAGGCAUACUCCUGCUCUGACUGUGGAAAAUGUUUUAAAACAGCAAUUGAGCUAAAACUUCACCAGAGAACACACACAGGAGAGAAGCCUUACUUCUGCUCUGACUGUGGAACUAGUUUCUCUCAACUUUCCCACUUAAAAAUACAUGAACGUAUACACACAGGAGAGAAGCCUUACUUCUGCUCUGACUGUGUAAAAUGCUUCAAAACAUCAACUCAGCUAAAAGUUCAUCAGAGAACACACACAGGAGAGAAGCCUUUCUUCUGCCCUGACUGUGGAACUAGUUUCUCUCGACUUUCCUACUUAAAAUCACAUGAACGUAUACAUACAGGAGAGAAGCCUUAUGUCUGCUCUGACUGUGGGACGAGUUUCUAUCAUCUGGGCACCUUAAAAACACACCAACGUAUACACACAGGAGAGAAGCCUUACUCCUGCUCUGACUGUGGAAAAUGUUAUAAAACAGCAAAUGAGCUAAAAGUUCAUCAGAGAACACACACAGGAGAGAAGCCUUACUCCUGCUCUGACUGUGGAAAAUGCUUCAAAACAGCAAAUGACCUAAAAGUUCAUCAGAGAACACACACAGGAGAGAAGCCUUUCUUCUGCCCUGACUGUGGAACUAGUUUCUCUCAACUUUCCAACUUAAAAUCACAUGAACGUAUACAUACAGGGGAGAAGGCAUACUCCUGCUCUGACUGUGGAAAAUGUUUUAAAACAGCAACUGAGCUAAAACUUCACCAGAGAACACACACAGGAGAGAAGCCUUACUUCUGCUCUGACUGUGGAACUAGUUUCUCUCAACUUUCCCACUUAAAAAGACAUGAACGUAUACACACAGGAGAGAAGCCUUACUUCUGCUCUGACUGUGUAAAAUGCUUCAAAACAUCAACUCAGCUAAAAGGUCAUAAGAGAACACACACAGGGGAGAAAAAAAGUUAAUCAGAGAACACAGGCAUGAGAGACUUUUGGGUGAGUCUGCUCUGACUUUUUGGUGAGUUUCUCUCACCAUAGCAACUUAACACACCAAUGUAUAGACUAUAGACGUCUAGCCAAAGGCUGCGUGUUUGAAUCUCAUCAAGGAGGACUUUAGCAAUUUAGCUAAUUAGCAACUUUGCAACUUCUUACUAAUUUUUAGCUAUGUUAG